AUGGCUCCCAAGAAACCUGUUAUCGCGGUUCUCUACCAGGCCCUUGCGCCGCCGAUGUAUGAUGGUGUGAGCAAGCCACCUAAGCCCGGAGGUUAUCGCGAUUCGGGCGCUGAUGUCGCAUAUACUCUCUCAAGAGAAGGGUUUACAGUCCUCACCCCAAGAGAUUCCCCAGAUCCCAUGGACCAGGACCAUUGGUGCUAUCCCGACACCGAAGAAGGCAUUCUCGAAGCGGUGCAGAAAGGCGCAACACACCUGUGGGCAAACACAAUAUUGUUCGCCGAGCAUCCUCUGCAAACCUCGACCCGAUUGACUCCCUACAAAUCCAGUGUCAGGGUCAUUGGCCAGCCCCCGCUAUGUGCGGACCGAUUCGAUGACAAGUCGUUUACCAACGACGAGCUCCGCCGUUACGGGGGACUCACGCUGCCCAGAUCAUGGACUGUUGACGAUCCAGCUCCCGAGAGCGGAGAUGACGUCGCUAUUCAGAAGACUCUGGAUUAUGUCCUUGCCUCGAUCCAGAGAAGUGAUUAUCCUAUCGUGGCCAAGCCGGUUCGUGGUCGCGGGAGUCACGGCGUGAAGAUUUGUGAGGAUGUUUCUGAGCUCAGGGCGCAUACGGCUCAUUUGUUCAAAGAGUCACCUCGGGUGCUCUUGGAGGAGUAUUUGAACGGCGAAGAGGGUACCAUUACUAUCAUGCCACCGUCUCAAGAGAGUCUCCUUGGAUCAGACUUACAAGACCUCCGUACUCGACACUGGGCGCUGCCUCCAGUCACUCGUUUCAACCACGUCGAUGGUAUCGCUCCUUACAGUGGGAAUGUCGCUGUCAAACUCAACUCGCGAGCUGUCACGGCCGCUGAGAUCGAGGCAGAUCCAUCCUACGCGGCUAUCAUGAAGGAAUGCGAGACAGUGGCAGAAUUGCUGCAAACGACAGCACCUCUUCGAAUCGACAUUCGACGGUUUGGGCCCAAGACGAAGUUUGCAUUGUUCGAUAUCAAUAUGAAGCCGAAUAUUACCGGACCCGGACGCCCAGGUCGCGAGAAUCAGACCAGUUUGAUGGGCCUUGCGGCUGAGAGCCUAGGCUGGAACUAUCCCACCUUCCUGCAAUACGUACUUGGGUCCGCACAGGAGCUGAGACAGCUUCGGGAUUACAAGAGCGCUUUGAUCAACCGAUGCCCCGGAUUGGGGCGAAUUGCUGCCCAAGAGACGAAAUAUGGAGGAAAAAUAGGACACGCUAUAGGAUAA